GAUUGAUAAGAGCUUAUAUAUUCAGUACCACAUUGAAUGUGUUCUCAUAACGGAGCGUAUGAAUUAUAGCUAAUAAUUAUUAUACAUUGACUAUGAAUGUCUUUACAUUGGUGGUAUUUCUCUAUAAUGUUGGAGUUGCAUAUUUUCAGCAAUGCACAGUCAGAACAUUACGUGUAGAUGCAGAUAAGACUGGGGCUAGGUAUAUAAACGGAAACACAUAUAUCACUUUCUCUAAUAUUGGUCCGAAUGCAUGUUUCAAUGAAUGUAUCCGAAGAACAAAGUGCCGUUCAUUUAGCUACAACAGCAUAACACGGAGAUGUGACAUAAAUAAAAUGUCCAGUAACUCAGAGACAGAUUUUGUGGACGAAACUAAUUGUGUUUAUGUUGAUAUGACACAAUACAGAGGGGACUCCUUUUAUGAUCCAUGUCCCGGGAGCGAUUCUUGUGUGGAAGGAGAAGUUUGCCAGACUCUGAAAGAGGACACAAAGAUAUGUGUUAAAGAUAUGAAAGAUACUGAUUUUAGAAGAAUCGACCUUGUAGUCGGAAAGACAUGUGGACAAAGUUCUACUAAUGGUUUCACAUGUAACUAUGCUAUUGAUGGGAACCUAGACACCUUUUCUCACACAGCACAUACCGAUUUCAGUGAUGGAGUUAACUAUGGAACGAGCAAACCAUAUUGGUGGGUCGACUUAGGAAACACUUACAAAGUCCGUCGUGUUGACGUCUACAACAGAUUGGAAGCUGGACAUAGACUACACAACUUAGAUGUCACUGCUGGGAAGUCAUUGUCAGUUAUGAGCUUGUGUGAUCAUUACAAAGGAAGGGCUCAGAAUGGGGAACAGGUCAUCCUCGUCUGCAUGCAGCCAAUUGAGGCUCGCUAUGUCAAACUACAGAUCAUGGAGGAGAACACAGCAGAUAAUUUUCUGCAAUUAGCUGAGGUCAAAGUAUAUGAAUGAUAACGUCUUAUAGAAUAUAUAAUGUAAAGUAAAAUACCUCAUAUAUGUAUAGUCUGUACUAUUCAAUCUGUUAUUUAUAAAAGGUUUUGAAUAAUAAAAUUUUUUUGAUAAUUUAUUAAAAUAUAUUGAUUGA